AUGUAUGGAAAUUCUAUGAGAAUUAUUAAGCGAAUACGCAAAGUUGGAACACAGAGUUUAAGAAGAGGUGGCGCAACAGUUAGCACAAUGAACAAUUUUCAGACUUGCUGUUUAAAACACGGAAGUCCUAUGAACAUUAUUGGGAAAUCGCAUCGUUUCCUGUACGCUGCCGCAUGGGGAUCUAUUGCUUUCCUUGCUACUGAUCUGAUACUUGGUUUUGUGGAGAUUGUUGAACUUUCAGGACCACCAUAUGUUACCGUGUUCAAUAAAGUACUGUCAAUGAUAAUUAUUGGUGUAGACUAUUUUCCAAUGUUUGCCGCUCUCGCUCUUGAAUCUGUCACUGGUUAUAUGAUUGGCACAGCCUACGCCUGGAUGUUACUUAUUGUGCAGAUAUUCACGGAGGCAGAGUGUGAGUUGGCUGCUCAAGCUCGGCUGGUUUUGUUUUUUCGAGACCUUCCUAACCUAAUAUGCCUCGGAUACUUGUCUGUCAGUCUGCCAGUGCGGGCUAUUUGGGCAUUACGAAAGACGUCAAUAGGGCUUAUAUCGUCGUCAGAAAGGGUAUCUGUCCUUAAACUGACCAAAAAAGCAGAAUUCUCGUCUGAAGCAAAGCAUGUGAAGAGAUUAUUGAAGCCACUCCCACCCCCAACAGAACCACCGUCAACAUGUAACGACAAACUGAUUGUAAUGUUGAAAACCUUUGUCAGUGACUGGAUAUACCAAAGUAAACACGGUUUUAAAUAUUCUGCAAGAAUGCUGUCCAUUAUGGUAAUCGGAUUAAUGUUGAUUUACAAGGUUACACUUGAGGUAACAGUAGUUAUUGUGUCAUUUUUGAAGUUGAUUCAAGAUUCGUUACAAAAAGAGUUGGCUGAAAUAGGAUGGUCGGCGAAGGCAAAUGAAACCCAGGAUACAUCUGAUUUAAGACAAAGAAUAUAUCUAUUUUAUAAUAUUCUUAUUGAUGUAAAGAAAAAUGUUAAAAAGAACAGUUUACAAAAAUCUAAAGGUUUAGAAGAAGUUUACUGA